GGCGCCUCGGCUUAACUAAGCGCAAUCAGUGGGAGCGUCGAGCAAAGUACCCUGUGGAACCCCGCCACCGGGCUGCGGCCGGAAACCAGGCGCCGCGGCUCUGUUUCCCUCAGGGGUCGGGAACAUGGCCAGAAGGGCUCUCAAGCUUGCUUCGUGGACGAGCAUGGCUCUUGCUGCCUCUGGCUUCUAUCUAUAUGGCAACAAGUACUUGGACCCCAAUGACUUUGGCGCUGUCAGGGUGGGCAGAGCAGUUGCCACGACAGCUGUCAUCAGUUACGACUACCUUACCUCCCUGAGGAGUGUCCCCUAUGGCUCAGAGGAAUACCUGCAGCUUCGAUCCAAGGUGCACCUUCGCUCCGCCAGGCGCCUCUGUGAGCUCUGCUGUGCCAACCGGGGCACGUUCAUCAAGGUGGGCCAGCACCUGGGGGCUCUGGACUACCUGCUGCCGGAGGAGUACACCAGCACGCUGAAGGUGCUGCACAGCCAGGCCCCACAGAGCAGCAUGCAGGAGGUCCGCCAGGUCAUCCGCGAGGACCUGGGCAAGGAGAUUCAAGAUUUGUUUGUGAGCUUUGACGACACCCCUCUGGGGGCUGCCUCCCUGGCCCAGGUCCACAAGGCGGUGCUACAUGAUGGGCGGACGGUGGCCGUGAAGGUCCAGCACCCAAAGGUACAGGCUCAGAGCUCAAAGGACAUUCUCCUGAUGGAGGUGCUCGUCCUGGCUGUGAAGCAGCUGUUUCCAGAGUUUGAGUUCAUGUGGCUGGUGGAUGAAGCCAAGAAGAACCUGCCUUUGGAGCUGGAUUUCCUCAAUGAGGGGAGGAACGCUGAGAAAGUGGCCCAAAUGCUCAAGCACUUUGACUUCUUAAAGGUCCCCCGAAUCUACUGGGAGCUGUCCACCAAGCGGGUCCUUCUGAUGGAGUUUGUGGAAGGCGGGCAGGUCAACGACAGAGACUACAUGGAGAGGAACCAGAUUGACGUCAAUGAGAUCUCACGCCACCUGGGCAAGAUGUACAGUGAGAUGAUCUUUGUCAACGGCUUUGUGCACUGUGACCCCCACCCGGGCAACGUGCUAGUGCGGAAGUGCCCGGGCACAGGGAAGACAGAGAUUGUCCUAUUGGAUCACGGGCUCUACCAGGUGCUCACAGAACAGUUCCGCCUGGAUUACUGCCACCUCUGGCAGUCACUGAUCUGGACUGACAUGAAGAACGUGAAGAAGUACAGCCAGCGCCUGGGAGCCGGGGACCUCUACCCCUUGUUCGCCUGCAUGCUGACAGCCCGGUCCUGGGACUCAGUCAACAGGGGCAUCGGCCAGACUCCAGUCACUGCUACUGAGGACUCAGAGAUUCGCAACAAUGCGGCCAACUACCUCCCCCAGAUCAGCCAGCUCCUCAGCCACGUGCCACGCCAGAUGCUGCUCAUCUUCAAGACCAACGACCUGCUGCGCGGCAUUGAGGCCGCCCUGGGCACCCGUGCCAGCGCCAGCUCCUUCCUCAACAUGUCACGUUGCUGCAUCAGGGCACUGGCCGCGCACCAGAGGAAGAUUACACGUUCAUUCUUCAGAAGGACCCAGAUCUCCCUCAGCCAGGCCUUCCACUUAUGGUGGAUCGAUCUUCAUGAACUGGUCCUGCGUGUGAAGGGGCUGAGGCUGGUCAGCUGGGUCACAGCUCUGCUUUGCUGGCUGUUGCCUGCUUCAUACUGAGUGGACUGGCUGUGUGACCUCGGUGUGAGGUCUCUAUGUGACCCUGUGGUCUUUUCACUCCUUACUCUUCUGUUACAUCUCUACCCUUUGCCCUGUUUCUGCCACAUGGUGUCUGAGAAUCCCACGGUCACUGUCCACAGCACCAUUAAAGUUCUCUCCCUUGGAGUCCUUGUCUCGGCGUCCCCAAGCUGUGCCUGCGAGAGGCUUCUCUCCACAUCCAGGGAGAAGGCACGGCAGUUUGCUUUCCUGUUCCCUGUGUGUGCCGUUGGGUUGGAUGCCACCUUCCCCCAACUUCCAUUAACCCUUCCUGUUGUCAGGAUGGACCAUGAAUCCCACUGAGGGCACAUUUAACUCCUCAGAGGUUUGAUUUUGUUGGAGGGGAGCCUGGUCUCUGAGCUGUGAGAGAACAGCUUCUCCCUGCAAUGUCGCUCCCCAGAGGGGCCAACCUGAGCCAGGAGACUCAGCACCCGAGCCAGGCUCUGGUGCCACUGUGAGCUCCCUGCUGUCAUGGUGACCCCUUUGGUGUUUCAUGUACUGUGGUUCAAUAAAAACCCCUGCAGGGUUGCAGGGCAGGGCCUGGUCAGUGGGGUUUUUAUUCUGGGUUGGGAGUGAGUCCACUCUGGCCGCUGGGUAAGACGCCUCCGGAUGCCGUGCGGUUCUGAUCUGCUUGGCUUCUGGCCAUGUAAUCCUUCCAGCCUCCACUGUGCGGCCACUUCCUGCUUCUGGUAUGUUUCUCUCACUUUCUGAGACCUUGGCUGGAGGUGUUAAGAAGCCCAAGGCCAGGAACUCAGAGGCUGAGCUUUAUCCUCCAACUCUGGUUCCCCUGGGUUCUCACCUUGUUCCCUGCGACUUGGCACCUGCCUUGUUCUACUAAUUGCCUCCCGAUUUAGCCUUGGAGGUGUCGUUCGAUGCCCCCAGUCCUGGAGACUGUAGCCCAAACCUCAGUCACCGUGGCUGGUGUUCCACUCUGAAAUCUUGUCCCCUGUCUAGACUGCGUCUACCUUAUUGACCUCUGCCAGCUGGCCCCUCCCCCCCCCCCCCGUUAGAGUGUCUGCUCCUGUUGUGGGGACAUCCUCAAACUCCUGCUCUGACUCCUGUGUCUGUGUGGUCUCCAGGUUCCCUGAGACCCCCCCCCCAACUCUCAUGGAGCACCCGUGCUCACAGACGGUAAUUGUAUUUGAAUCUCUCUGAUCUUACUUCACCCCAUUCACAGGGGCAGAGAAAACCUAAAUUUGAGUCUCAUUUUCUGUUCUUUUUGUUCAUAAUACAACAAGCAGAUUUUACACUGAUCAGAGAUGAUUCGCAAUCCCUUUAUUUCCUGAAAGAAUUAAUUGUUCUUAGUGACCAGUUGGAUGCCCCCAGGGACCUGAGAGAAUAAGCUGCAAGAUCUGUUAUGAAUCAUGAGAAUGCCUGCUGCAUAUUAUAUUUUAUGGUAUCUUUUAUAGCCACUGAAGUAAAUAUAAAUGUCCUUUUUGUUCAAGGUAAUGGUUACUUGCUUUUCACUUUUGGUUUAAUGGUUGGCUUCCUGCUGUCCUGGGAUCUAAAACAUCAGCAUGUUGCCAGAACAGUUAUCCAGAGAGGGCUGAGAGUCUGGGAGAGUUUGCCGUACAGGGCAGUUUGAAAAUAGGAAGGGAGUAGGUUGAUGUUUACUGAGUACCUUCCAUGUGUGAAGGAACAUGCUAGGUGCUUUGUAAAUAAGUUACAUUAUUGAAUUUUCCCAUCAUCUCUAUGAGGGGGAGGGGUCAUUAGCCUCAUUUUACAAAGAUGGGAACUGAGGCUCAGAGAGGUUUAGUAAUUUUCUUGAAGUCACACAGCUGCUGAAUGUUGGUGCAUGCUUUGCUUUUUAUUCCACAGUGCUGUAGAUAUGGAUUACACCUGCUCCCUAGGCUGCCAUAUGUGCCUGAACUGUGUCUCAAACACCCUGACUUCAGAGGAAGUUGAAUUUUCAGUGGAGGUAGGAGCAUGGAUGGGUAAAGGAGACAAAAAGCUCUGGAAAGUGCAGACUGAGUCCCGGUGUUCCUCAGGCCUAAGACAUGAUGGACCUGGACCACUGCGAUACUGCAGUGCAGUUCUAAUGCUGACCACCUGGAGUUAGUGUAGACUUGAUAGGCUAAGGGCACAGUUCCUGUAAGACUGCCCUCACUUCAGACACAAGCUGCAGGCUUGGGUGUCCCUGGGCCAUCUGCACUUCUGACCAACUGACUACAAAUAUGGGGAUUCCCACAACUCCCUCAGGUUUGAUAAUUUGCUAAAAUGACUCACAGAACUCAGGAGAGCACUACACUUGUGAUUACAGGUAUAUUAUACAGGAUACAAAUCAGGAUCAGGCAAAUGAAGAGACACGUAGGGCGAAGUCUAGGAGGGUCCCGAGUGCAGAGCUUCUGGACUCUGUGGAAGGAACCUCUUGGCACAACAAUGUGUUCAUGGAGCUUCAGCGUUCAGAGCUUUUACCAGGGUGUCAUUACAUAGGCACAAUUAAUUGAAUCAUUGACCCCAUGAUUGAACUCAACCUCCAAUCCCCCACCCUCUCCAGAGAAGGUGGGACUGCUCACCCCCAUCCUGAAUCAUUUAGCAUAAACUCAGGUGUGAUCCAGGGACACACCAUGAAAAACAAAGAUACUCCCAUCAUGAAGAAAGUCCAAGGAUUUAGAGGUCUUCUCCCAGGAGCAGACAAAGGGACAAAGAGCAGAAAAAUUCUUCAUUAUAUAACAACCACUGCGGUGUCUUCUCAUCCUGUGUACUUGGCCUGAGGUGUGUCUUCAUCGACCGACCGACUACUGGCCUGUGCCUUCUGCUCAGUGGGGUGGAGCAGUCUCUGGAGUGAGGCCAUCGGUGGCUCUUACGAUCUCUAUUCUGCAACUCAGAGGCGCUCACGUGAGCUUCUGCAGGGGACCUUCGCCCUGCUCCCUUCUCCAUCCUGUGGAACUUGCCAUAAAUUGAUUUGGGUUUGGUGCUUCCAGUAAAAUCCUAAGAGUUUCUUCUCCCAGCAGUGACAACGCGUCAGGUCAGCACCAGCUUACUUUGAAGAGUGCUUUCUGUGUUCACUCUUGGAUCCUUAUUCAAUUUAGGUGUUGGCUUCUUUGAUUUAGGCAGUUUGGCUCUUGUUCCCCUUCCCUCUUCUUGUCCACCUGGGGAGAAUUCCGACUCAAUGCCCACUUGACCCAGAGCCUCUCAAAUGUGUGCCCAGCUUAUAGGAAGAGCAGAUGUCUUGAUAUGUAGUAAGUGCUCAGUAAACAUGCAGAUAGUCAGACUCUCAGAAUACUUCACUAUUUUCAGGGAUGUUGAAACCUGUGUAUUUAAAAAGAAGCUAUAUGUGCCACUCUCCCUCCGCUAGGAAUGCUGCCUUGUUUGAUUGUCAGGUUAAUUUUUGCAGCAUCUGCGCCCACUCCCGGGAUCAGGGAUGGUCCCUCUCAGCGUGACAGGCUGUCAGGGCCCUCCUGCCAGGGGUGCAGGGCUCUGAGAAUGUGAACUUCUAAUGACAUCUCAGAAAAUGAUCCUGGCUCCAAGAGGCACCCAACAAAUCCUCAGGGGCAGCGCUUGGGAGGUUUAGAGUUACCCUCAGUGGAAGCAAAUGUGAGAAGGGUUGGAUGGAGCCUUGCAGGGUGACACUUGGGGCUUACGUGGCCUCGAGGUAUGGCUAAGUGGAGCUUCGGUCUGAGUUGGGAUCUGGGCAAGAUCCAAAUAAGACGAACAAAGCUGCAGAGAAUUCCAUGUUCCUGGCAGCCUGGCCUGCUGGGGGUGAUGUUUGUUGGGCUGAAUUAGGGAGACCCAUAUUUAGAGAGAGGCCUUGAAUGCCAGGCAGCCUAGUGCCACUGCUAUUGGUAACUGGCCAAGGCAGACUGUGGGAGGCCCUGUACCCUAAGCCUUAAGCCUGCAAAUAUUUUAGUCCAUUUGUUCAGAAAGACUCUGCUCUCACCUCCAUUCCUUCCUCCUUCCUUCCUGUGAAGUAAAGCCCACUACAAAGCUGCUCUCUCCUUUUCUAAAGGAAGGUCGGGGUCAGCCCUCAGCAGAGUAAAUAUUAAACCUUGGACUGUGAUGUCCGUUUUCCUGCAGCUAGUGUCUCCUGGCCUGGUUUACUUGGCUUCUCUGGAGGCCACCUCAGCCCCCAGCAUCAGCUAGCUCCCCUCCCAGCCAUGUCACCGAGCCCCUGGCCAGCACUGCUGGGGAUAGAAAACACUCUUUCUGCCUGGUUCUGCCUUUGGUUUAAUAGUGGCAUAAUUUCUCUGAUACUUCUUCCUGUUUCUCUCUUUCCUGGCUGUAAAGGGAAGGCCAGGCUGGCAAAGUGGUGAAGUGAUGGGUGUCCAGCCCACCGAUCCCUGACAUUUCAGCUCCCAUUUCCUCGUCUCUUCUCCCUGCACUUUCAUUCUAGAACAGUGCUUCUCAAACUUCCAGGUAUAAAUGAAUCACCUGGGCUCUUGUUAAAACACAGAUUCAGCCUCGGCGGGUCUGCGUGGGGCCUGAGGUUCUGCAUCUCUAACCAGCUCCCCGGGGAUGCUGAUGCUGCUUGCCUGAGGACCAUGCUCUGGUUUGCAAAGUUCUGAUCAGUGGUUCUGAAGGUGUGGUACUGGGACCAGCAGCAUUAGCAUAACCUGGGAGCUGGUUAGAAAUGCAAAUCUCAGACCCCACUCCAGAUCUGCUGAAGCAGAAACUCUGGGGUGUGACCCUGCAAUCUGCUUUAAUAAGCCCUCCAGGGGGUUCUGAUGCACAUGCUCACGAUUGAAAUCCCUGUUCUAUGGUUCUCAAUCCUACCUGAACGUUGGGCUCACUGAGAAAGCUGUGAGUGCCCAAGAUUCUGAUUUAACUGGUUUGAGUGAGAACCAGGCAGUUAAAACAUUUUUAAAAAAACUUUUUAUUUUGAAAUAACUUUAGAUUUACAGUAGGCUUGUAAAGAUAGUCCACAGAGUACCACAUACCUUUCACCCAGCUCUCUCUAAUGUUAACACCUUACAUAACCACAGUACCUUUAUUAACAUUAAGAAUUAACAUUAGACAUUACUUCAGCUGAGCUAUUCAUAUUUCACCAGUUUCCAUACUAAUGUCCUCUCUGUGUCCCUGGUCUAGGACACACUGUACAUUCAGUUGUCAUGUCUCCCUAGUCUCUGCUCUGUGACAGUUCCUCAGACGUCCCUUGUUUUCCAUGACCUUGACACUUGGGAAGAGCACUGGUCAGGUAUUUUGUGCAACGUCUUUCAAGGUUGUUCUGUCUGAUGUUUUCUUGUGAUGAGACUGGGGUUACGGGUUUGAGGAAGGGUUGCACAGAAGUGAAGCACCCUCUCAUCACGUCAUACCUGGGGAAACAUAAUUUUGACUUGACAUACUGUUUCUGUUCUUUAAAUUGCCCCAGCCAGGGUUGGGACCCUGCUUUGGGCUCACAUACAUUCCAGGAGUCUUCUGGAGAAGGAAGAAAUGCAGCUUAUGGACUUCUCCACAGGUGGGCAUUAGGCAGAGAUCCUCUUUGAGACUGAGAAGCCUGCCUGGCUAUUUCCAAAUUAAAAGGCUCCCAGUAAACUACAAAAUGCGGAUACACCAGCACAAGGUAAUAGAAUGGCUGUGUAAUUAUAAUGUUUACAUUUAUCAAAUGUUAACUUUUUCAGCAUACACACAAAUGCAAUAACAAAUGAAUGUAACAUCAGGUGUGUGAGCAUCAAGUCCCUCCCCUCAAAAGAUAAGCCUGGCACUAGUAAUUUUGUUUUCCAGGUGUUUUUGCAGUUCUAGGAAUGGAAAUCACCAGUGGGAGGUUGGCAGGGAGCCCUCUCAUCUGUCACCCCGAGUGGUGGGCCUGGUGCCCUCCAUCGGCCUGCCCUGACAGCCGCCUCCCAGUGCCCAGAGGGGAAACCACAGUCUUGCUUGGGCUAGUGGCUGAGUGUUCCAAGCCCACGAUGGACUGCCCACGCCAUGAAUGAUGCAAGUGGUUGAUGGUCCUUUCUCUUGCUAUUAUCUUUAAGGUGCUGGCCAAUGUUUGGAGGAUGGGGAGAGCCCAGAGGAAGUCUUGAGAAGAAUAACAGAGAUGUCUACAGGGAUAGACAAUAGAGAAAUAAUUACAGACUUGAACACUCUCCAGAGAGCCAAAGAAGAGCAAACAGAACCCUGGUUGUCAUGUCUUGAAGAUUGUAAUAUUUUGAAGGCAGGAGCUAGACUUACUUGAAUCAACACUGGAACCCCAACACAGAGCACUGGAUAUACUUCCCAGGGGUGAACACUGAGGCUGAGUCUAUCAAACAUGCUGUGAAGGAGUGUCCUUGCACCAGUACCACUGGAAAGGAGAGAACAGAUGCAGGAGUGGGCAAAGGGAGAACCACACAGCCUCAGCCAACCCCACAGGGCGCUCCAGACCUAGACCUGCCCUUCAAGGUUGUCCUGGGGCCUGGAUGCUGGACCUCCAUCCAUCCAAGGAUGUGGGCCAACCUGGGAAGGGCCUAUGGGACUUGGCCCAGGCAGCUCUCUUCAGCUGAGGCAGUUGCCGUCACAGCAUCCAUCACACUUGUGAAGAGUCUCUGCGUGUCAGGUACUGUUGUAGAUUCUGAGUGUAUAGCAGUGAAUAGGGCCAGGUGAGGGAGAGACAACAAACAAAUAUAUAACAUCAGGCAGUGAGAAGUGCAAAGCAGAAAACCAAACAAGGUUAGCUGAAUGGUCGCUGGAUAGGGAGGGUGAAGGUGGGGAUGGAGGUGAUAGAAAUUUGAAAGUAAAAGCAACCUGACAGUUUAGGGGUGGGGCAGGCUCUCUCUGCCUGCACAUCCUUCCCAAGCUCCCUCCUGAGCUUCCAGCUGUCCCAUCUCUUGGCCACAAUUCCCAGCCUCUUUGUAGGAAGUCAGGGCAGCCCCACCUCCGGUGAGAAAUCUUUCUUGUUUGCCAGUGGCCUGGGAUUUUAGUAGUUGGAGAAUGGUGCAAAGGGCAAUAACUGGAGAUUGGCACGUCUCCCUGCUUCCACUGGCUACCGCCUUCCACCCAGAACAGCUGGCACAGCCUGGGGCCUGAUCAUUAACUGGGGGAGGGGGGCAGACUGGCAGAAGGGGUGGCUGGGCCCAAGCACAGAGGCGCGCGCGUGCAUGUGUGUGUGUGUGUGUGUGUCCCUGCCGUUCCCUUGCUAAGCCCUUCUCACCUGGGCACGUGCCUGAGGGGGGCAUGGCGCUGCCCCUACUGGGGAUCAGGGAUGGGGGAGGUGCCCCCAGCCAGGAGCACUCCAACUGCUGCCCUGACCCCCUCCUCAGUCCGGCCGCCAGUCGUGGA